AUGGCUCUCGCAAAGGAUCUCCUUCAUCCCUCUCCAGAAGAGAAGAGGAAACACAAGAAGAAGUGCCUGGUGCAGAGCCCCAAUUCCUAUUUCAUGGAUGGGAAAUGCCCAGGAUGCUAUAAAAUCAUCACCGUCUUUAGCCAUGCACAAACAGUAGUUUUGUGUGUUGGCUACUCUACCGUCCUCUGCCAGCCUACAGGAGGAAAAGCAAGGCUUACAGAAGGGUGCUCUUUCAGACGGAAGCAGCACUAAAAGCCUCUGGAAUCAAGAAGAAUGGGAAACCAUCCCAAUA